AUGGGGAGUGGAAUGAGCAAGAUUGUCACCGGCCUCUACCUCGGGAAUAUUCGUGACUCUGAGGAUCAUGAGAACCUGCUGAGGAAAGGGGUGACCCACAUCCUGUCUGUCCACAACCAUGCCAAACCUGUGCUGGAGGACAUGACCUAUCUGUGUAUCUCGGCCUCAGAUUCAUCCAGUCAAAACCUGCUGCAGCAUUUCAAGGAGUGCAUCCAGUUCAUCCACGAGUGCCGGCUCGGAGGGGGAGGAUGCCUGGUGCACUGCCUGGCUGGGGUGUCCCGCAGCACCACCAUCCUGGUGGCCUACCUGAUGACAGUGACAGAGCUGGGCUGGGAGAGCUGCCUGGCUGCCACCAAGGCUGCACGCUCCUACGUCAGCCCCAACUUCGGAUUCCAGCAGCAGCUGCAGGAAUACGAGAGCACCCUGCUCCAGGAGUACCGUGCCUGGAUCCGCCGGGAUUACGGCAGGAACCCUUUCCAGGACCAGGAGGAGCUGCUGCACUUGCUGGGCCAGCAGCAGCUGGGGAGCAGGGAUUGCUCCUGGCUCCGCUCCCCUGCUCCCACCUUCCCUCCUCCCUGCCACGCAGGUGGCACCGGUGGUGGCAGCAGAUGGAUGAACAGAUAA